GGUCGAACGUUUAAUUAACCUUAUCUAAUGACAAAGUGAUUAACGAAAAUGAAUCGCGUGUGCAUCCUCUUAGCUUCGGUCGCCAUCGCGACCUCCUACUCCAUUAAGGACAACGAAAUCGAACUGCCGAGGCUACGGACGAGUGAUGAUUUGCUGGAUAGUGUUAUCAGUGAUUGUUUCGAAGCCGGAUCGCCCAUGGCAUGCCUCAAAGUGAAAGUUCUAUCAUAUCUGGACGACAAAGUCGGUGUUGGAUCGGAAUCGGGGAGGGCAUUGGACGAGACAAACAUCGACAAAGUCAUCUAUGAUCGGGUGGCGAGGAUUUUGGACACCAACGAAUUCAAGUUUAAACUGCCGGAGUUUAUGUUCCAAAACGCGCAGGUCUCUUACAGAGCCGACAGGGGAUUCGAUAUUGAAUUCCCUGAGAACAACGAGAACGGUGAAGCUCGCGGCCUCUUAAAGAAGAAGCUCCUGCUUCCCGUCCUGCUGCUCUUGAAGCUCAAGAUGAAAGCUAUCAUGCCGAUCCUGGUUUCGAUCAUCGGCAUCAAAGCUAUCAAAGCUCUGAUCCUCAGUAAGCUGGCCAUCACUUUGGUCGUUGGAUUCUUGGUUUACAAUCUUCUCUUGAAGAAAGGAGGAAUGCCAAUGAUGAUGGCUCCGACUGAAGCCCCUCCUGCGCCUCAGUACGGCCCGCCGGCAUCUCAAUACGGGCCUCCAGCUUCGACCCCAGCAGCGCCCCAGGAUUCUUACAGCCCACAAUGGGAGCCUGCAAGCUCUGGACCUUAUGCCAGAGUAUGGGACCCCUCGCAGCUGGCUUAUAGCUCAUACUAUCCCGGUGACUCAAGUUCCUCUGCAUCAGCGAACCAAUCGCCAAGCUACUCGAACGUCGCCUCCAUCUCAUCAUCAUCAUCAUCAUCAUCAGCUCCCACCUAUUAAUCCAAAUACCUCAUUUAAAAUACCCAUCGGACUGUCUUGUACAUAGCACGCA